CUGAUAUCGCACCAUUCGCGUAUGUAUACCGCGUGUUGUGAGGCGUGUUUCAUCUUCAGGCGUAUUACUUUAUAAUCGUGUUGUCGAUUGUUUUUUUUUCUUGAUUGGGCUGUAUUGUGAUAGAUUUUUGUUAAUUUAUAAAGGAUAUCUAGUUCGGUUAUCUUGUGAGAAUGUUUUGAAUCGUUACAUCUGCUUAUAGGUGAUGUGAUGAAGUUUUGUGCCCAACAUUGAGUUGUUUAAUUUUUCUUUUGUUCCUAACGCAAUCGCAAUUUAUGCAACGAUUAGAUACCCACGCUAUCAUUUAUUGGCUAUCAGUGAAAAGAGUAAUCUUUAAUCUUGACAAGUUAUUGGUUUGAGAUGGAAGCAGCUUCGUUUAUACAGCACAGUAGAAUUGUGAGUUGCAGGAAGCCCUUAAUGCGCCUUGAAUAAUAAUUACUGUGGUGCACUGUAGAGCCUAGCGAAGUAGAACGAAACCACAAAAUCUGCUGAAGGCAUGAACGGGAUAAAAUAAGUGCGGAAAAAUAUCGAUCGCUUCCUGUGUUGAUGCUUGUGUGUAUCAUAGUCUGUGGGGUUGAAAAAAGUGUAUCUCCUUGUACCGUGUGACGAAAUAAUAUCAACUAAUCGAAAUAAUGUCGGUAAUGGUCGAAUCAUCUCCUGUUGCUAUGGUGACAAUUUCGUGUAGUACACUGACUAACGACCAGCAGCAUCCGGAAGAUAUGGUCCGGAUCAGCGACAGUCGUUUCGAUAGCAACCUCAGUCCAGUCAGUGGCCUUGACCUGUCCCGUUCGCCGUCAUGUGGAGAUACAUUCAUGUCAGCAGCUACCGAUGGACCUCUGUCGUCUUCGGAUUCGGAAUGCAGUGGCGAUGAAGAGAUACAACUAGACGCUGCUGGGUUGGCUGCGCGUUCACCAUCGCUAAACACUAAUCACAAUUCGGCGACAGCGUUCGAUCACGUGCCUUCAUUGCCGAUGGAGAAUGGCGUGGGAGGGUUACGUGCGAUGUCACCAGGCGAGGGGCCGUCGGGAUCGUCGUCCAUCUCACUGUCGAUGGGAUCAAUGGGUGAGGAUUUGGGCGAAAGGCGCCCGUGCGAGCCGAUCAUUGUAGUAACAGUCAUUCCCGAAAAGAAAGGAAUAUUUCUGAAACAUUCGGAGUACGAGAUAAAAGCGAGAGCCUACGAUACGGUUGUACGAAGACGCUACAAGGACUUUGUGGCACUGUUCAGUUACCUGGUCGAGAAAUACCCCUACCGCAUUAUCCCAAGCCUCCCGCCCAAACAACUAUUGCCGGAUUCGCUACUCGAAGCACGCCGAGGUGGUCUGCAAACAUGGCUCACAAUACUGACGAUGCAUCCCGUGCUCGGCAGUUCUCCGAUUUUGAUCACAUUUCUAAGUGACCGAACCCCGGACUACCAGUACCGCAUGCGGGUCAUGUACGAGAAGCAAAUGGACGAGUUCAGCCGUCUGCGGGAGGACGUAGAUCUGCCGCUGGAAGACCUGAAACCGUUGGCCGCCAGUCGAGACAGUUUACGGAAGGUACUGCAAUCGUUGAUGCGGCUACGCAAAAUUUUCGACGAGCAGACAUCUCGUGCCGAACAGCAGGCUCGGGAUAUGGCCGAAGUGGAUUUGAUACUUCAGGGACUUGACGUACGAAAUGUAUUCGAGGAGAAAACAUUUGAGGAGAUUUCACACAGUGCCCAGAAGGUUGCAAGACAUUCCGAAACGUACGUCCAGCUGCAGCGGAAUGCCGUCAACGAACGGAUCCACGUGCUAAUGGAGGUGCUCGCUGCACAUAGUGAUCUGUGCGAGCGUGUGGAGAAAGGAAUCUUGGCGGACUAUCAGAAAGCUCUCUCGAAAUCACAUGUUGCCGAUAAGAUGAAAAUAAGAAGCAUCGAACGAGGAUCGGCGUCAAACCCUGCACAUCGCGAGGAAGCGGAUCUUUCGGAACGCAGGUGCGCUUUCGCUUUGCAGUGUGUGCGUAGCGAAACGUCUCUUACCGAGAAGUAUCUGUCGUCUUUGCCAUCGAUCCUGAUAUCGUAUGCCAAUGAGGAGUCCCAGUACCACAGCAAGGUAACCGACAUCGAAUACAUUCGCGCCAAUCGUUGGAAAUAUUUCAUAAAUUUCUCUUUCGCUGCAGAUGUCGAAGAUUUGGCAUCAGCUAGUAGCUAAUGAAACUUCCAAAUUAUGCUAAUGUCUAGCUUCUACGGUUGUUGACUUUCUAGGUUAUCAGGAAGGGUUCAGAAUUUUAAGUUCUUGAAGUUUUAUUCGAAACUAGUUUAGCACUUUUUUUUAAUAUAACAGGAUGCCAAAUCAGUAACAAUUUAAGACGCAAAUCAAUAAUUACAGUAAUUACGCACAUUCCAUAUGAUCAAACGAUUUUUAUUUUUGUUUAUACAAUAAAAUACGUAAUGGCCACUAUCAUGAAAAGGUUAGUCGUUAAGGAAAUAUUGAUAUUAUACACGCAAAUUGCACAGUAAGAUAAUACAUUUAGUUAUCGUA